CAAGUAAACUUUGAGUGUUUGUUUCCACACGAGCAAAUAAUCCCGGUUAAUCGGCGCUACGUAGAGGAGAUGGCAGCCCUCCGGACGGCACUCCAUGCACGAGUUGUUCAGGCCCUCCCUUUCUCCUUUGGCUCACUGCGGUUCGCCAGCUCCUUUAAGGCGGCAGACCUCACCGUCGAACGCAACUCAGCAUGCAAGCCGAAGCCCGACCCCUCCACGCUGCUUUUCGGCAAACAGUUCUCUGACCACAUGUUGACCAUCAGCUGGUCGGAGAAGAGCGGCUGGGACGCGCCGCAGAUCAAGCCUUUCCAGAACCUGUCGCUGCACCCGGCCACCUCUGCCCUGCACUACUCCAUAGAGCUGUUCGAAGGCAUGAAGGCUUUCCGUGGAGUCGACAACCACGUCCGUCUGUUCAGGCCUAUGCACAACAUGGAGCGGAUGCAUCGGAGUGCAGAAAGAAGCUGCCUUCCUCUGUUUGAUAAAGGCGAGCUGCUGGAGUGCAUCAGGAAGCUGGUGGAGGUCGACCAGGAGUGGGUCCCGUACUCCCAGGACGCCAGCCUCUACAUCAGACCCACCUUCAUCGGCACCGAGCCAUCUCUCGGUGUCUCUCGAGCCGGAAGUGCACUAAUCUUUGUCAUCAUCGGCCCAGUGGGACCCUACUUUGCCACAGGAUCCUUCAACCCCGUUUCUCUGUUUGCAGACCCUUCGUUUGUCAGAGCUUGGAAAGGAGGCGUCGGGGCGUACAAAAUGGGAGGCAACUACGGGCCGACGAUAGCGCUGCAGAACGAGGCGCUGAAGCAGGGCUGCCAGCAGGUGCUCUGGCUGUACGGACCGGACGAGGAGAUCACCGAGGUCGGCACCAUGAACCUCUUCAUCCUCUGGAACAACAAGGACGGAGAGAGAGAGCUGAUGACUCCGCCCCUGGACGGCAUUAUUCUCCCCGGAGUGACCCGGCAGUCCCUGCUGGACUUGGGCAGAGCCUGGGGGGAGUUUAAGGUGACGGAGCGAACGAUGGGCAUGAAGGAGUUUCUGGGCGCCCUGGAUGCUGGAAGAGUCCUGGAGGUGUUUGGAGCGGGGACGGCCUGCGUCGUCUGUCCGGUCGGCAGCCUCCUCUACCAGGGAAAGACGUACCAGAUCCCCACCAUGAAGAACGGUCCAGAUCUGGCAAAAAGGUUCUACAAAGAGCUGACUGACAUUCAGUACGGACGCAAGCUGAACGACUGGGCGCCGCUGGUCGUCUAAAGAGCUGCUUUUACCUCGACGGUCGGACGACCAGCAGCCGCACCAACCUCUCGGGCGGCUUUCACAACUUCCUCCUUCUCUGCAGACUCUCACCGGACAACGUUUGCUGGUUUGAAUGUAACAGUUUGACUUGGAAAGUAAUAUUAACAACAACAUGCAAUGUUCUACACAUGUUCACGCAGGGGAGAGAGAGACAGAGAGAGAAAUACGCGCAAAUACAAGAAACGGGGAGAUCGAACGUCGACGAAACAGAUAUUACACGUACGACACUAUCAAUACAGACAUUCAAGCGUUAGUCAGCUCAUGUUUUAGUGGCACAAACAUCUAUUUUCAUCAUUCCGAGGUGAAAGUAGGCACAACCCGGCGCGUCUGUGGCGCUUUAGGGGAGAUUUUACAUGUUCGCUGUGUAGGACUUUAAUAUUAGACGCUUAGUCUCCCGGCAGGAUGCAGCAGCCUCAGGCACCGUUUCUCAUCAGCAAAUGAUUAACCGACGCCACGUAGCACAGCCGGCGGUGUUUUUCUCCUGGACGUUAAACGCGUUGGUCCAUGGCGAGUUUCGUCUCCGCCCGUGCACUAAUGAACUGCUGCGGUUCCCGCCGGGGCCUCCUCACCAGCGUCUGCACUGACGUCGCUUAACGUCGCCAGGAAAGAAACACCAGCGUUAUUCUCUUUAUUGUUAUUAUCUUGUUUGUCGGUUUUCUUCGUGAUUAAUGCACAAAAACUGAAUCCGGAGGUCGGAGGUCGGACAGCAGCACGCACGGACGGACGGGGAGCCUCCAUGAACGAGGAGAGACUGUUAGGAGCAGGCUGUUACUGCACACGCUUGUGUGUUAACAUGAGAACAAUGUAUAGUUACUAAAUAGAUUUUAUUGUAGAGGUUUCUAAAUUAUUCUUUUAACCAUGUGUUGGUGUGAAAUUUGGCCGACUGUCUUCCGAAGUUCUGUCUUGCUGUGUUCUCACUUCAUACCCCUUGAUGUUGUUGUUUUUCCUCCUCUUUGAAUGUAUUUUAUUUCCACGUAAACAUUACUCCUGUCCCGUCUUCCAAGUGCCUAAAUCCUGUCGAUUAACUCGGACUUCUCGUCUUAUGCAGGUGGUGAUUUGUUAGUACGCUAGUGAAUAUAGCCGGAUAUUAAAAUCAAUCUGGUUGUGGUUAUUUUAUAUGUGCUGUUACUUUUACUUUUUUUUUUUUUACAAUAAAUUUGAUUUGAGUUCUGUGA